UAGAGGCAGCCCGUGGGGUCCUGUCAGUGUAAAUGUCAUUCAGAGCUGCGGUUACUCAACUCGUAGAGAUCAGAUCACACGAUCAGACUGACUGCAGUGAGUUCUGGUCGCUCACAGGGCUUUUCAGGACUUCGGUCAUGGCAGGGUUGCUGUCCGCGGCUGCUGCAGUCUCUGUGCGCUGCGGAUCCAGAGCUUUACUUCGCUUCAACACACGAGCUACUGCUGCUCGCGCCCGGUUUUUAGCCCUGAAUCAUGUUAAACCAGUAGCCUCCAUAGGAAAUACCUACUCAAUGCCGCUCUUAUCCUAUUCCAAUGAAGCACCAAAAGAUGGUAAACCAACCGGACCAGAACAUCGUCCCGGAGGAGGAAGAGGAAGAAAAGGAGGGAGGAAAGACUGGAAGAGUCGAUUACUACAGGGAGAUGUACCGUGGGACGAUAAAGACUUUCUGUAUAUUUUGAUCACAGCGGGAGGUGUAGCUUCAGUUCUGCUGUACCUGUACCUCAGAGAUCCAGGGAGAGAGAUCACAUGGAAGGAUUUUGUCCAUCGCUACCUGGGCAGAGGGCUGGUCGACCGUUUAGAGGUUGUGAACAAACAGUUUGUCAGGGUCAUUCUGAUACCUGAGGCUGACAAUUCUGAAGGAAGUUAUGUGUGGUUUAAUAUUGGCAGUGUGGACGCAUUUGAGAGGAAUCUGGAAGCUGCACAUUAUGAGCUGGGUUUAGAACCAUCUCAUAGAGCAGCAGUGGUGUACACCUCAGAGAGUGAUGGGUCUUUUCUAAUGAGCUUCAUUCCAACCCUUCUGCUGAUUGGCUUCUUACUUUUCACCCUGCGGCGUGGACCAAUGGGAGGAGGGAUGGGUGGAGGAAGGGGCGGGCCCUUCAGCAUGAGCGAAUCAACCGCCAAGAUGAUGAAGGACAGUAUAGAAGUGAAGUUUAAAGAUGUGGCUGGAUGUGAAGAGGCCAAAGUGGAGAUCAUGGAGUUUGUAAAUUUCCUCAAGAACCCACAACAAUACCAGGACUUGGGUGCAAAGAUCCCUAAGGGUGCUGUGUUGUCCGGUCCUCCGGGUACAGGAAAGACGCUGCUCGCUAAAGCUACAGCUGGAGAGGCUAACGUUCCUUUCAUCACAGUCAACGGCUCAGAGUUUCUCGAGAUGUUUGUUGGUGUUGGUCCAGCCAGGGUGAGGGACAUGUUUGCCAUGGCGAGGAAGAACGCGCCCUGCAUCCUCUUUAUCGAUGAAAUAGAUGCUGUGGGGAGGAAGAGGGGCGGUGGGAAUUUCGGUGGUCAGAGUGAACAGGAAAACACCCUCAAUCAGUUAUUGGUGGAGAUGGACGGUUUCAAUACUAGUACAAAUGUUGUAGUCCUAGCUGGUACUAACAGGCCUGACAUACUUGAUCCUGCAUUGAUGCGACCAGGAAGAUUCGACAGGCAGAUUUACAUAGGGCCUCCUGAUAUUAAGGGUCGAGCGUCCAUAUUUAAAGUGCACCUGCGGCCCCUCAAACUGAACCCCGGUCUGGACCCUGAUGGAAUUGCAAGAAAGAUGGCCGCUGCUACACCUGGAUUCACUGGUGCUGAUAUUGCAAAUGUGUGUAAUGAAGCUGCUCUCAUUGCUGCCAGACAUCUGAAUGAAUUCAUCAACGUGAAGCACUUCGAGCAGGCCAUCGACAGAGUUAUUGGAGGUCUGGAGAAGAAGACACAGGUCUUACAGCCCACUGAGAAGAAGACAGUAGCGUAUCAUGAGGCAGGACAUGCUGUGGUGGGCUGGUUUCUCCAACAUGCUGACCCACUGCUCAAGGUGUCUAUAAUUCCCAGAGGGAAGGGUUUGGGUUAUGCACAGUACCUUCCCAGAGAGCAGUAUUUAUACACGCGUGAGCAGCUGUUUGACAGGAUGUGUAUGAUGCUGGGUGGACGGGUAGCAGAGCAGGUGUUUUUCAGCAGAAUCACCACCGGAGCUCAUGACGACCUUAAGAAGGUCACACAGUCUGCGUAUGCUCAGAUUGUGCAGUUUGGCAUGAGUGAGAAAGUGGGGCAGGUGUCAUUUGACCUCCCCCGACAGGGUGAGAUGGUUCUGGAGAAGCCCUACAGUGAGACCACAGCAGAACUCAUCGAUGAAGAGGUCAGAGUGCUGGUCGACCGGGCCUACAAGAGAACUCUGGAUCUCGUCACUGAGAAACGAGAGCAGGUGGAGAUGGUUGGUAAGCGUCUACUGGAAAAAGAAGUUCUGGACAAAGCUGAUAUGAUUGAAUUGCUUGGACCCAGGCCAUUCGAGGAGAAAUCCACAUAUGAGGAGUUUGUGGAGGGCACAGGCAGCUUUGAAGAGGACACAACUCUUCCAGAAGGGUUAAAGGACUGGAACCAACAGCGAGGCGAAAACCAGGAGGAGACACCAGCAUCACAGGAGAAACAGGCUUCUUGAACUAAACACAACCUUUGAAAAACUCUCAACCUGCCUCUGACACUUGCCUUCCAGUGGUACCUUAGAGGGGAGGGUGGGUUUGUUAUCUUGGCUUGAAAUGAGAGGAUGAACUUGACUCUUUUUGCUGUUUGUAUUUCACUUUCCAUGUUAACCCAAAGCAGAGACUUCUACUGAAUUUGAAAUGCCUUAACUGCACCCAGCACUAAUGUCUGUACACCAAACUCAUCAACAACUGACAAUUAAGUUUUGUUUUUUAUGGUUCCUUUUUUGAUAUUACAUUAUUAAAUUAAACUCUGUAUUUUUUCUGCUCUUAUCUUCCUGUAUAUAGGGGUGGAAGAUAAAAAAAAAAAACAAUCUGUAUAUAUGUAAAAAUUUACUUUGUGCAUUUUGAGAAAGUUUUGAAAUAUAAAUUGUGCUUAUUUAAUUAAAUGGGUCAUAUAAUAAUUUUGUAAUCAUUUAGUUCCCCCCGUAAUGUUAGUCAAGGUACCAAAAACAGUCAUAAUUUAGUUUUUCAUGACCAUUUUUCACCCUCUCUCUCUGACUCGUCCAAUUAAUUGGACCACUUUUGGUGCUCUAAUUUUCAGACUUCUAUGUAAAUGGUAUAAUUAGCCAACCUCUUCACAUUUGAAGAGAGAAAUAAUGCUUACUCAUCAUGGGUUGCAGGUUUGUUGUCAGGUCAAAUAUAGUCUGCGCUGCUCCAUCCUUCAACAACAGCCUCUUUGUGAAUCCUGCAUUAUUUUGGUGUUAGGAACAAUUUAAUAUCUAGUCUCUUUCUUAUUUCCUCCCCAUGACGGGACAGGCUAUGUUUCUGAACUCCAAACAUAUUGUUGAUGUGUAAAUGUGGCUGGUCUCUUGUGCAAAAGCACAGAUUUUGGAACGAGCCAUUUUUGUAGCUAAUACUGCCUUCAUGUGCUAUCGGAAUGAUCGUAAAUAGAGUUUCCUACUCAGAAGUUGCACAUGAAUGACCACUCAAGUCAUAAUUAUGACUGGGAAAAUCAAAGAUAAUUUUGAAACCAGAGUUUUCGAGUUGAGUGGAGAUAUAAACUUUCAACGUGGCAGAGGAGAGUACAGUUUCUUUAGUGGAUGACAGGUUUUAUUCAUUUUUCUUAAUUCAGCUAAUUGUUAGCACUUGUCGUUUCAGUCAUAUACAUGUACACAUAUUAGUAACCAUUUGAUGUAUAUUGUACAUUUUUAAACAGUGAAAAUAGAAUGUAUUAGACCAGAAUGACAUUAUUAUCUGCAAGCUGACUGAGUAAUAUGUAUUACGGUGUCAAAAUAAAAGUUCCUCUUAUUGA